AUGGCUCAACGAAACAGCUGGCUGCGUGGCACCACGAUCCGCAAGUCGGGGCCUUCCACGGCAUCCACUACGCGUAAUACCACGCCUCAUGUCGUACAAAGCACGUCGACCACGAUAUUUGGCGGAGGGGUGAAGGACCCGUCUGGCCGGACUAGCGAGUACUUCUCUAUGGAUGACCAAUGCCCUGUGUGCAAGUCAGACCGAUACUUGAACCCCAAGCUGCGCUUGCUGGUCAGCGCGUGCUAUCACAAGAUGUGCGAGUCGUGUAUAGACCGGUUGUUCACGCUAGGACCUGCGCCAUGUCCCAUCUGCGCUAAGAUUCUUCGAAAACUAGCCUUCACCCCUCAGACGUUUGAGGAUCUGGGCGUCGAAAAAGAAGUCGCCGUCCGGCGAAGGAUAGCAAAAGAGUUCAACAAGCGCAGGGAAGACUUUCCAGACCUGCGGUCCUAUAACGACUAUCUAGAAAUGGUGGAAGAUAUCACAUUCAACCUGAUCAACGACAUCGACGUCCCAGAGACAGAGGAGCGAAUAAGACAGUACCGGCGAGACAACGCCGCCCUCAUCGAGCUCAACGCAAAACGCGAAGAAGAGUACGCCCGCUACCUCCAAGAGCAGGAGGAGAUGGAGCGGCAGGAGCGCGAGCAGCGCGCGCAAGAGCUCCGGCGGAUCGAAGAGGAGGAGCGCGAGGAGAAGGAGAAGGGCCGGCAGGCGAUCAUCGACAAGCUCGAGACGAGCGACAAGGACGCGGUGCGGCUCGUCGCGAAGUCCCGCCUCGAGGCGCAGCGGCGUGCGUCCGCCCGCGCAUCGUCGUCGGCCGCGCUCAACCUGCUGCAGAGCAGCGCGAGCCUGCUGCGCUCGCGCGCGGCGCAGAGCACGGUCGUGCCCGACGUGCCGCAUGUCCCGCUGCAGGACGACUGGUACGCGUACGAUGACAUGUACACGAUGCGCGAGAGCUAUCACGAUCCGGUGAGUGACGCGGUCCGGCGGGACAGGGACGGGAUCAUGCGGGCUGGCGGGUACUUGGUGGAGCAGGCCUGGGACCGGGCGUUGCGGUUCGCGGUCGCCGGGCUGGAGAUCAUGCCGCUCUCUGGUGAGCAGCCUCAGGCUCCAGAGCCCAUGGCUGUCGACAGCGAAGGACCAGCAGAUGUGGUGAUGGCCACCGCGUAA